UACUUCAGGUUUUCGUUGUACGUUGGAUUAUGAGUUUGAACCGCCAUAUUCGUCCUGAUAAACUUAAUGGUCGUUUUAUAUACGCUACAACGUUUCUUUUGGGCAAUGAAACUGCAUUAUAAAAUCGUGGCAGAUAUCACUGAUUUUAAUUCGAUGGUAAAUGAAUCUCGUGCCAGUUUAGAUUACAUGAAAUGCAAAAUAAUGGAGACAAUGGACGAGAUUAAGGAAGAUGUCAACAAGGAACUCUGCAUUACCGAUCGUUUGACAAAACUUAGUUCAAAAAUAGCUGCAUUAUCGUCAAGAUUCAAUGCCGUCGAAGAGAAUGUAAUAGAGUUCGUACGUAUGGAUCAUAAUAUGGAAAGCGUUAGAGUCGAAACACCGGAUGACAUAAACGAAGAGAUGAAUAAAAUACUGAGGAAUUUAAUGGAUAAUAAACAGCAACGAGGGAAACCAUUGAAACAUUUCAAUCGCUAGAUUUAAUCUUUUUAUUUGCGUUACAUUUUCACUAUAUUUUCAAAGCACACAUAAAGAACGCGAAUUAAUUACAAUAUCGUGAUACGAUAUUUCACAUUUGAAGUUUCAAUCAUCAAUAAUGAUGAAACAAAACAAUUGACAAUUUGUCUACUUAUGCCUUUUUAAACGUGAUUAUUAAUAUAUAUUUUUCAAUAACCAAUAAAAUAUAUUUUUCUAAUCAGUCGAGUAUUCGUCCUCUCGAACAUUAUCAAAGAGGAGGAGAUAUAAGAUCGUAACGUGAUAGAAACGAGAGAUUCAUUAUUUACAUUUAGUUAUACACAUAUUUUCACAUAGAUUUCUUAUUUCAUUUUUUUAUUUAACGAUAUUUUUAUUGAUACGUCUUAUAUAUUUUCUUAUGUUUGUGAUUUUGAGGUCAAGUUAAUAUCUAU